GUCACAGGAUCACCUGCUCUUUUGGCUGCUGCACCUGAAGACAGUCAUCAUGCCUCGAGGUCAGAAGAGUAAACUCCGUGCCAGGGCAAAACGCUGUCAGGCCCGAGGAGGGCUGGAAGAUCUGCUAAGUGCUCUGGCCAUUUUAGAAGAGGAGGAAGAACAUCCCCUCUCCUCUUCUGUUUGUUUGAAGGAUGUUUCCCAGCAUUCACUUGAUGGGACAUCCAACAAUCCCCAUGGACUUUCGGGAGUCCCAUCCACCAGUGCAUCUGCUACGGCUGUUUCACACACAAGACAUACCGAAGGUUUCAACAACCAAACGGAAGAAAGACCAAGAUGCACACAAGAUCCAGAAGCCACUGAUAACUUUCCCAGAGGCCUUCUAGGUGAGAAAGUAGUUAUGUUGGUGCAUUACUUGCUGUUCAAGUACCAAAUGAAAGAGCCCAUUACAAAGGCAGAUAUGCUGAGAAAUGUAACCCAAAUGUCCAAGAGCCAAUUCCCUGUAAUUCUGAGCAGAGCUUCUGAGCACCUAGAGCUGAUCUUUGGUCUUGACCUGAAGGAAGUGGAGCCUAAUAAGCACAUCUAUGUUCUUGUCAACAAACUAGAUCCGGGCUGUGAUGUAGGGCUCAGCGAUGAGCCAAGCGUGCCCAAGACUGGCCUGCUGAUGACUGUCCUGGGUAUUAUCUUCACAAAGGGUAAUUGCGCCACUGAGGAGCAAGUCUGGAAAGUGCUUAAUAUGAUGGGAUUACAUGACGGAAUUGAGCACAUCUUUUUUGGGGAGCCCAGGAAGCUCCUAACCAAAGAUUUGGUGAAAGAAAAUUACCUGGAGUACCAGCAAGUGCCCAAUAGUGAUCCUCCAUGCUAUCAAUUCCUAUGGGGCCCAAGAGCCCAUGCAGAAACCAGCAAGAUGAAAGUUCUUGAGUUUUUGGCCAAGAUAAAUAAUGCAGUUCCCAGUGACUUCUCACCCUGGUAUACAGAGGCUUUGCAAGAUGAAGAAGAGAGAGCCAGAGCCAGAGUUGCAGCCAAGGCUCGCAUUACUGCCAUGGCCCAUGCACGUUCCAAGGUUAAGUCCAGCAACCCCUCCCAACUGCAGUAAAGUCUGAGGCAGAUUCUUUACUUUGUGUUUGAAAAGAAAUCCACAUUCUGAGCUAUGGGUGGACAGUGUGGGGCUGGAGACAGCACAGUGAAUAAUAUGUUUGUGCUCAUAUUCUAUGUGGUGACUUGGAAUUUUUUUAAGAUGUUCCUUUAAUAGAUGGUUAAAGUAUCAUCAGUAUCUAAGUUUAUGAAUGACAUUGCUACAUUUUUCUGUAUGUGAGAUUAAGAGUAAGUGAUUUAUUGUUUUAUAAACCUAAUUGGGAAACUCUUCAUUUAUUUAGGGAUUG